UUCUGGGAGUGGCAACGCUGCGGCAAAUACAACCUUUGGACCCCCAACCACCCCCUCUCAUUUUCAACAAUAUCUGCUGUUGCUCGGAAGAAAAUGGCUCGUGUUUUGGUUGGUGUAAAGCGUGUGAUCGACUAUGCCGUUAAGGUGCGCGUGAAGCCGGAGAAAAAUGGCGUUGUUACUCAAGGUGUUAAGCACUCCAUGAAUCCCUUCGACGAGAUCGCCGUCGAGGAGGCCGUCAAGAUGAAGGAGAAGAAGUUGGCCUCUGAGGUGAUUGCUGUCUCUGUGGGUCCCACGCAAUCGCAAGAGGUCAUCCGCACUGCCUUGGCCAUGGGCGCAGAUCGUGGCGUGCACGUUGAGGUGCCAGCCGCCGAAUACGAUCUGUUGCAGCCGAUUCAUGUGUCCAAAAUACUUGCCAAGCUGGCACUGGACGAGAAGGCCGACUUGGUUAUAUUGGGCAAGCAGGCAAUUGAUGAUGAUGCCAAUCAGACGGCACAGAUGACUGCCGCCGUGUUGGACUGGCCCCAGGGCACAUUCUGCAACAAGGUGGAGAAGACGGAUGCAGGCCUGACGAUCGCCCGUGAAAUCGACGGCGGCCUGGAGACCAUCAAGACCAAACUGCCAGCGGUGCUGAGCGCGGAUUUGCGCUUGAAUACGCCACGUUAUGCCACGUUACCUAACAUCAUGAAGGCCAAGAAGAAGCCACUGAAGAAGGUGACGCCCAAAGAUCUAGGCGUUGAUACUACGCCACGCAUUGAGAUCAUAUCUGUUGAGGAUCCACCAGUGCGCCAAGCGGGCGCCGUCGUUGCCGACGUGGAUGCUCUGGUGGCCAAGCUGAAGGCUGGCGGUCACAUCUAAGCGAGCAACCUAUCAAAAUUGUGAGCUAAAUUCUACGUUCUUUUUGAUUUUGAAUUUAAAUUACCUUCUAUCAGAAACGUGCAUUUAUCUAGCCUAUAACGAUUGAUGUGCCGAUUGAGAGAGCCAACUGUCCCCAUAGUGCUUUAAGUCAAAUUCAAUGUUUUUUAUUUUUGGAAUCUGUCGUGUCAAGCCUUAACGAAUAAAUUGAAGUGAUGCUAACAUAAA